AUGGAUAAACGUAAUAUAUGGAAUUUAGUAAAAGAUAAUCCACACGAGAAAUCAUUAACUCAACAGCCUACAACACGAUCCUUCUUUAAUUAUGAUUUUAAUCAACAAUUGGUUGAUGUUGAAACGGUAGCUGAUGCAGCUGAAUUACCGCCGGAGAAAAUUUCCGAAAUACUUGAUGAAAUGGUUCGUAAAGAAUCGGAGAGAAAAAAUAUUAUGUUUGGAAUUCGCAAAAUGAGUAGCAAAUUAAUGAAUAAAUUAAAAAUUGGACAUUCUAAAAGUACUAAUAUUAUUGUGGAUCAAACAUCAAAAGUUUCGGAAUUAUCGUCACCAAUUUUGAAGACAUCAUUGUCACAUCAUCAUCAACACUCAAUCACCACCACUAGAUCAUCGGAAAAACCAAUUUUUACAAUUGAUGAGCAAUCAUCCGGUUUAUCAUCACCGCCAUUAUCGGUAGCUAAACCGGCAUCCAACUAUCAAUCAUCUUUUCGUGAAAAUGAAAUUAACACUAAAUGUGCUUAUUUAUUUCGUGGUGAUUCACUGUACAACAGUAAACAACCGGAUCCGGAUCUGGAUCCUGAAUCAUUGGACAAUCAAAUUGAACGUGUUUAUGUUUAUGAUCCAUUUUGUCCAAUUCAUGGCUCAAGACGUCGUUUUGCUGCAAAAUUAAUUCGAAAAAGACGCCGUGCGCUUUUGUCUGGCUCCGAGAAAUAUCGUUCUGAUAAAGCAAAAAGAAAAAUUCGAGUAAAUUUAUGGAUUGUUAGCUUAGCAUUUUUAUUUCUUUUUACUGCUUUUCAUGGUUUACAAAAUUUACAAUCAUCAAUAAAUGGUCGUUUGGGAACAGAUAGCCUUUCAAUCUUUUAUAUCAGCUUAUCAUUAUCAUAUUUAUUUGUUCCAUCAUUCAUUUUGAAUCGUCUUGGAUGUAAACGUACAUUAAUCGCAUCAUCAGGAAUAUUUAUGAUUUAUAUGCUUUCAAAUUUUCUACCUAAAUAUUACUCGCUUAUUCCAGCUUCUAUUCUUGCCGGAUGUGCCGGAAGUUGUCUUUGGGCAGCAAAAUGUGUUUACAUUUUAGAAUGUGGAACAAAAUAUGCGCAAUUAAAUAUUGAAGCGCAAAAUGUCGUUAUUAUUAGGUUUUUUGGUUACUUCUUUAUGGUACUACAUUUAGGCCAGGUAAUUGGUAAUCUUAUUUCAUCCGUUAUUCUUACCGCUUCAACCGGUUAUUAUCAAUUAGAAGAUCAGGUGCAAAAAUGUUGUGGUCAUUUAUUUCGUGAUAAUAUAUCAUACCUAAGUAAGCAAGCAAUUGAAAAUUUACAGCGCCCGGCGCAAAAUGUUUAUUUGUCACUUUGUGGCAUUUAUUUUUGUUGCACAAUUGUUGCACUUAUGAUUGUGCUACUUUUUUUGAAUUCACUAAGAAAAGAUGAAAUUUCCAGAUUAAAUGCACCAUUCUUUUCAACAGAUAUUUGUAAAGCAAUAUUUCGGAAUCUUACUUAUCCUAAAUCACUGCUACUUGUACCUUUGACACUUUUUAGUGGUGUUGAACAAGCAUUUGUUGUAGGCCUCUAUACAAAAGCUUACAUUGGUUGUGGCCUUGGUAUUGGCCAAAUUGGAUUCGUAAUGACAGGAUUUGGUGUAGCAGAUGCUGUUUGUAGCCUAGUUUUUGGGCCAUUAAUGAAAUUAUUUGGACGAAUGCCUUUAUUUGUUUUUGGUGCUGUUAUCAGUAUGCUUAUUUGGCCUUUAAAUCCUGGUGAUACAUCAUUAUUCUAUGCUAUUGUUGGUGUUUUAGGCAUGGCUGAUGGUGUCUGGAAUACUCAGAUUAGUGGAUUAUGGAUAGCACUAUCAUCUAGUCAUCUUGAAGCUGCAUUUGCUAAUUAUCGAUUCUGGGAAUCAACCGGUUUUGGUUUAGGACUUAUCCUGAUCCGUUUUACAAAUAUCACACAAUUUUUACUUAUUUCAUUAGGAAUGCUAUUGAUUGGAAUGCUCUGUUAUUUGAGUAUCGAAUUUUAUGAUAAUAUCAGUCUAUAUGGUAGACGAAUUGUUGAUAUAUGCCAAAUUAGACGUAAAAAUCAAAUUGGCAAUAAACCGCUUUCAUCAAUGGAAACAUCAUUAAUUAGUGCGACAAGUGCGCCAGAAAAAGUAUGA